AUGGCCCUCAAUGUAACAAAUGUUGACUCCACUAGCAGCAACUCUAGUGUUAUUAUUCAGUUCAAUCCUGUGUCGCAGUUGCCGAUAAAACUUGUUGGCAGCCAUAACUUUGCGACAUGGAAAGCCCAGAUUUCCAUGUUCAUGCGUGGGCACAAUCUGUUCGGUCAUCUUGACGGUUCUUCUCCCACUCCUUCGACAAUUAUCACGCAAAAUGAUAGGCAAGUGGAGAAUCGAAACUACAACAUUUGGUUCCGUCAAGAUCAGUUGAUCCAAAAUUCCAUAAUGGCUUCUGUCGAUCCAACAAUAGCCGCAGCUUUGGCUGCUGUCUCCACUGCUAAACUUUCCUGGGACUCGCUCCAUAUGGCUUAUGCCAACAAGUCCCAAACGCGAGUCUUUAGCCUUCGCGAUCAGCUUGCACGAGUAUCCAAGGACUCUCGCCUAGUCGCCGAAUAUCUACAUGAAGUGUGCUCUCUCUGCAACGAGCUUGCCACUGUCGGUGCUUUAAUCUCCAAUGAUGAGUUGAUUGUGAAAAUUCUUAGUGGCCUAGGGCCAGAUUUUCAAGAGAUUUCCGCUGCAAUCCGAGCAAGAGAUUCCAUCAUCUCUUAUGAGGAGUUAUAUGCCAAACUGAUUGAUCAUGAGCUCUUUCUCAAACAUGAAGAAGUGAAGAAGGAAACAACACCAAUUACUGCUGCUAUGUUAUGCAAUAGACAAGGUCACACUGCAAAUGUUUGCAGGUCACAGUCUCAUAAUCAUUUAGAGGCAAAGGCAAAUUUUCUUUCAGGUAUGCAAGCUACACCCAACCAAUGGAUUGUUGACUCCGGUGCUACUCAUCAUGUCACCACAGAGCCUACUAAUCUUGAAGAAUAUAAUGGUCCAGAAGGCAUAGCUAUGGGCGAUGGUAAAAAAAAUCCCAAUUACUCACCUUGGUUCCACUGA